GUUGGUGAUUUGGCCUGUCAAAAAUUAACGAAAUACUCUGGUUUCUGGUGGUGUGCGAGGAACCCUACCUUGGAUGGCGCCCGAGCUUUUGAAUGGCAGCAGCAAUAAAGUCUCAGAGAAGGUUGACGUGUUCUCGUUUGGCAUUGUAUUAUGGGAGAUUCUUACUGGUGAAGAACCAUAUGCUAAUAUGCACUAUGGUGCAAUCAUAGGAGGCAUUGUAAAUAACACAUUGAGGCCAACAAUCCCCAGUUAUUGCGAUCAUGAGUGGCGGCAACUAAUGGAGCAGUGUUGGGCACCUAACCCUGCAGCCAGGCCGUCAUUCACAGAAAUUGCUCGCCGCUUAAGGGUGAUGUCUGCAGCUGCUAGUCAGACCAAAGGGCAAGGCUAUAAGGCAUCUAAAUGAUUGUUCAACAGAUCUGAUGCCUUUAACUUAAUUCAUUUGCACUGCAAAUGUGGUAUAUUUAUACAGAAGUCUCGCAAUAGUACAUAAAGGAUUGUCAUUGUAAAAUUCUGUUUUCUCCUCCUUUUUUUUCCUGCUUACUGGAUGUAUUGUGUGCCGGACCACAUUAAAAUCAUAGUUGUUGAUAAUUUUGUUUGUAAUGGUAUUUGCACAGUCAAUCUUGGACUAUGAAUUUGGUUCCUUUCUUUCCUACUAUUUCUUUUGAAGGAACACUCUGAUCUUACAAUAGAAUGAAACUUGAAACUGAA